CUGGAAAGAAAUGACAGAAUUUUUACAGAGAGGAGAAUAUCAGUAGGAUUUGUUUGGGGAACAGGAUUGCGCUUGGUUUUCUUUGGCUUUAUAGUGCAGGCUCUUUCAAGGGUUGAUGUUUAUGAUAUUGUUUAGAGAUUGGAAUGCUUUAUUAUGUUGAUCUAGUUUGUUUUUUGUGUUCUACUUUUUCUCCUUAUUUGUAUCUUCUUCUUCUGCCUUUCUAUAAAGUUCCUUUUUAUCAUAAAAGUUAUAAGGGCUAACCUAAAGAGCUGUAGGGGACUACUAGGUCUGGGGUCUGGCCGACUGCUGUUUUUCCCUCUCCUCUCUUCAGUUCUCUUCUUCACCCAAUCUUCUCUUACUCUUCUCCUUGUCUAACUGUGUUCCCCAAGAUUAAAGAUUCUAUCGAGGGUGGGAUUAUGUUAUUUAUCAGUUCUUACUUUGAGUAUGUUCGCCUUCGAAAUUUUUUGAAGUCACAGAAUGCUUCUUUCUGUCUGCUUGGGGAUUACACGGAACAGAGUGAUAUUUCUCGUGCGCGGGUUUCGUUCUUUGAAGGCAGGCAGAAGAUCAUGCUUUACACAGAGAGGGCUCAUUUCUACCACAGAUACAAGAUCCGUGGGAUUCAGAAUUUAAUCAUAUAUUCUCUCCCUGAAAGAAAAGAAUUUUACCCUGAGAUUGUCAAUAUGCUUGAAGGGUCACACAGCAUGACUUGCACUGCGCUUUUUUCUCGCUUUGAUCAGUUCCGGAGAGAAUUGUUGGGACUACUGCUGCAAAACGGAUGGUGUCAUCAGAGAAGGGAGUCUUUGUUUUCUGUUAGAAGAUUUCUCCAUGCUUUUGUUGUUGGGCAAUUGCAACUUUCUCUGGUUACCACUGUAGCCUUCCUCCAUUUUUAUGCAAUAUGGCUGCCUUGAGGCAUACAUCCAGAUUAUGAUUUUGGCAGGCCUCUUCAAAUGCAGGAGAAUAAUUCAUUUUCCUCGUUGUAGGUGAAGGAAAAAGAUUUUGGCAGAGUUGUGUUUUUUCAUUGUAUUUUUAGGCUUAACAGGGGGGUCCAAGGGACAUUGACUUCAAUUUUGAGAGUAAACUAUUGUGGAUUUUGAAAAUGUUUAGUGUGAUAUUUAACUGUUAUGUAAAUAACAUAGGACACUUUCUGUUCAUUGAGAGAAGUAAUAUAUUGGUGUUGAUCUUUUGCUAUUUUCUUCCUUUACCACAAUAUAUUUUUCUUUGCUUAUGUAAACAGACUGAAUGAAGUGAACAUAUUUUAAAA